AUGAACUCCCUGGCUAUUUCGCUUGCGCAAUUCCGGCCGAAUCUCCUCCGCCCCUGCCUUUUUGUAGAUGACACACGCAUCCAGACUUUGCGGUCUGUUCGGCUGCAAGUCUCCUUAAACGCGAUUGAUGAUUGGGGUCGCCAAUUCGGUUUAGAACAAGGGAGUCUUAAGCCCGGGAGUCUUAAGCCCCGAAAGAAGUCGUCGAGUAUCCUGCAUGCGGUACCGCCUCUCCGUAUCAAAGGAGAUCUAAUUUCGCCAGCGCUAGUAGACUCCCCAAAUACAGACGCCUACUUAUUCCUACCAUGCCCUGAUACUUUUAAGA